GGAUGCUGCACGGUGUCGCCAGGGGCAACACACAACGCGAGGAAAAAACGAUGGAGAAACCGUGCAACCUGACCAACAACAAAAGUGCCUGCAGAUGCAUUUCUAUCUCUCUGUCACUCCACACACAGGUCAUUGUUAACAAAGCAAGUGGUUAGCAAACCUUUAAAAACACUUCAAAAAGAGGGAUAACAUUGCUGUACUGCCCUGGAUGAGCUGCUUGUAAUGUAAUGACUGGCUGUAGUGGGCAGGUACAUGAUGUUUGAGAGGCUGACCAUGCUGAAUAUCCAAAGUAACUCAAACUGGAGUGGAGCAAAUGACUGGUACCAUCAGCAGAACACAGUUCCCACCCAGCACAGCACUGUUUCAGAUGGCUGUAUGGUUGAGACAGAUGGAAGGAUGGCAGGACAUGUGGAAAGAGAUGAGAGAGAAGAGUCUCAACUGAGGCUGCAGCUGAAGAGGAAACUUCAGCGCAACAGAACCAGUUUCACAACAGAGCAGAUCGAGGCCUUGGAGAAAGAGUUUGAGAGAACACAUUAUCCGGAUGUUUUCGCAAGGGAGCGACUGGCAAACAAAAUCGACCUUCCAGAGGCAAGGAUACAAGUGUGGUUUUCCAAUCGAAGAGCCAAAUGGAGGCGUGAAGAGAAGCUGCGAAACCAGAGGCGGUCUGGAGGCGGGACUUCCUGUGCUCAAACACACGCUCCACUGAGCACAUCCUUUAACUCAGCUGUCUAUCACCAUCCCCAUGGCAACAGUGCAGCAUCCAUGCUCAGUCAGAGUGACACGGCUCUCCCCAGUUAUAGCUCUCUGUCAGUCUACUCUGGGGUUCAGUCGGCUCCUUCUCCAUCUGCCUCGUCAUACUCAUGCAUGCUGCCUCCAUCCCCAUCUGCGCCUCGCUCAUUUGAGACGUCGUACUCCUCUCCCCAUCUACCACCUCCUCCUUCAACUAACACCAGCACAGGUUUGAUUUCUCCAGGCGUUUCUGUACCUGUCCAGGUGCCAGGAAAUGAUCAAAAUAUGGGGCAAUAUUGGGCCAGACUGCAAUGAAAAGGGGAGGUUGAUUUUCCAUUAGGAUGCUAAAAAUGUAUGUUUACAAAAGGUAAAAAAAAUGUUCCAAACUCAGACAAUCCUCUGAUGGUUAAAACUAAAAGAAGAAAUUCCUUAAUUUGACAUGCACCUUUAUUUUAGCCAUAUUUUUAGAUCUGAUGACAGUGUGCCAUAGUUUCCAUUCAAUUUCAGACAAGCAGGAAUGUAUAUGAUUUAAACAGUAUAAUGAUCCAUUGUGCAAUGACAUUUGUACUGUUUUAAGCAAAUUUCUGAAUAAUUGCUGUUAAGUUCCUGGCAGCAACUUCACAGAAUUGGGAAGCAUAUUAUGAUGUUUCAUUUGUGGUGGUCAUUUUUACAA